CUUCAUCUUGUUGCUUCUGGGUGUUUGAGCCAGAUGGGUAUAUGGAUUUUUUGAGAUUUUGAAAUGGGUAAUAGCAAAUUUCUGAUUUUCAUGCGAUAUUUUGAUGUGGGUCUUAGCUGUCUGAAAUUUUUUUAGUCAGAUAUUUUACUAUCUUUGUUUCAUACCUUUGCUCUUACUCGCUGCCUACGUGGUCUUGAAAUUUGGUAGGUAGGUGCCCAGUUAUGGAGUUUUGUAUCUCACGUAAUUACCAAUACGGAUACGGAUUAAUCGUUUCGCAUAUCGUAUUGAAGUCCUGUUUAUCUGUAUGAUUACCUUUUGAGAAUAAAAAUCAUUAUUCCGAAAAAGUUAGGACAUUUCUUUUUCGGAGGUUGGAUUAGUUAGAGAGUGAAUUCUAAGCUAAGAUUUGAGAGUGACGGACAAAUCCCCCAUUUCAUUUCAUGAAUUAACUGUUUCACUUGUUGAGAAUCUUUCACAUCCAAAUCCCAAUUUAUCAACAAAAACCACAGUUCCAAAUAAUGGUUUCAUGUAGAAAAAAUCAACGAUUCGAAUUUGGAGCAAAUGGGUUCAGAUUCGUGUAGCUGCUACUUGUUGUAUUCGGGUGGUUUUCAGUGAUGAAUUCGAGAUGUGUUUAUGUGGAAUUGUAGAUGUGAGCGAUGGUCUUCUGAGGAUUGGACAUGGACAGGCGGAGUUGGCUAUGGCGGAGGAAGUCAUCGGAGAAAAGUCCGGGAGAAACAGAGAGCACGGGUUCCAUGUCUUCUUAUUCUGAAAGAUUUUCUGACGAUCAGGCAUGUCCAACUCAAAGCUCUGUAUCGCCAGACAUCUUGUCUAAAGUUGUAGCGACUGAUGAAGAAAUUAAUGAUAAUGUGAAAAUUCUGUCAGAGAAACUCUCUGAUGCUCUUUUGAAUAUUAGUGCUAAGGAAGAGUUGGUAAAGCAACAUGCCAAAGUUGCAGAAGAGGCUGUCUCAGGGUGGGAGAAGGCUGAAAAUGAAGUUUCGGUGUUAAAGAAAAAACUUGAGGCUUCUGGGCAAAGGAACUCAGCACUAGAAAAUCGAGUUGGACAUCUUGAUGGUGCACUAAAGGAAUGUGUGAGACAACUUCGACAAGCAAGAGAAGAGCAAGAGCAGAAAAUCCAAGAAGCUGUUGAGAAGAAAACACGUGAGUGGGAGUCUAAGAAAUCCGAGCUUGAAAGCCAACUUGUUGAGCUCCAAGCACAACUUCAAACUGCUAAAAAUGAGGCUCCUGCUUCUGUCAGUCAAGAGCUUUACCAAAAAAUUGAGGCUUUAGAGAAAGAGAAUUCAACUCUUAAGCUUGACCUGCUUUCUAGAGCUGAGGAAAUGGAAAUUAGAAUUCUUGAAAGGGACUUAAGCACCCAGGCAGCAGAAAUGGCCAGCAAACAGCAUUUGGAGAGCAUUAAAAAAUUAGCUAAGCUCGAAGCUGAAUGCCGCAGGCAAAAGAUUGUGGCAAAAAAAGCAUCUCCUAUGAAUGAUCACAAGUCUCAUACGGCAACCUCGAGCUAUGUCGAAUCUUUCACUGAUAGCCAGUCAGAUAGUGGGGAGAGGCUACAGGCUGUCGAAAAUUAUAUGCACACAAUGCAUAGCUUGGAUAUGAAUGAGGGUGAGCCUUGUCGUUCUGAUUCAUGGGCAUCUCCUCGAAUAACAGAAUUGGAUCCGUUUAAGAAAGAGAAGUCUAUGGGAAGAAACUUAGCUGUUUCUUCUGGAGAAAUCAAUCUUAUGGAUGAUUUUCUUGAAAUGGAAAGGCUUGCAGGACUGCCAGGUACUGAUGUUGGGAGUAGUUUCCUUGAGGCAGGACCUGUAUCAGAACAAAUGGAUGGUAGUACGAGGCCAAAAAAAUCUGCUUAUGAAGCUUUGAUUUGCAGAAUUUCUGAGCUGGAGGAAAAAUUAAAGAAGACUGAAGCAGAAAAACUGCAACUGGAGAUGGCUUUGACGGGAUCAAGAAAACAACUGGAAACCUUACAAAAUCAGGUAAAGGAAGCUGAAGGAAAGUUGUUAGACAUACAAAAGAAGGCUCUAACUGGAUCCAAGAAGCAGCUUGAGACAUUGCAGAACCAGCUAAAGAAAGCUGAAGGUAAGUUAUUAGAUUCAGAGAAGAUAAAAGCAGAGAAACUGCAACUAGAGAUGGCUUUAACCGGAUCAAAAAAACAAGUAGGAACCUUGCAAACACAGCUGAAGGAAACAGAAGUGAAGUUAGAGAUGCAAAAGAAGGCUUUAACUGGAUCCCAGAAGCAGCUUGAGAAAUUGCAGGACCAAUUAAUGAAUGCUGAGAGGAAGUUGUUAGAUGCAGAGAAGAUGAAAGCCGAAAAAUUUGAAUUAGAGAUGGUUUUGACUCAGACUCGUGACCAGCUUGAGAAAUCAGAAAAUCAGCUGAAGUGUGCAGAAGAAAACUUAGUAGAGCUUCAAACUCAAAUAGCUCUUGUAACUGAUGCAAAGCAGGCAACUGAGGAAGAAGUGAAGGCUGCAAACAUUAAGAGAGAAAAAGUGGAAUCACAACUCAGAGAUGUUGAAGGAGAAGUCAGAAGUUUGUUAUCAAAAAUUGUUUCUUUAGAAGAGGAAACUGAAAAAGAACGUGCCUUAUCAGCAAAAAAUUUGGCAAAGUGUCAAGAAUUGCAGGAUGAGAUUUCAAAAAUGAAAAAUAAAAUUAAGCUUCAGGAUUUGCCGAACUCUAAUGGGGACUUGAAGAUAAUGCAGGAGAAGGAGCUAGCAGUGGCGGCUAACAAAUUUGCAGAGUGUCAGAAAACAAUUGCUUCUAUUGGCCAGCAGUUAAAGUCUCUUGCAACCUUUGAGGAUCUGCUGCUUGACUGCGAAAUGCCUUUGGAAGUCAGCAGGCUGUCUCCUACCGAAGAGACAGAAACAUUGAAAAGUUAUACCAGGGACCUAAAAUUAUCCGGGAGAGCUCCUGAAGCCAAAAGUAUUGAUGAGCACCUUAAUUCUUCAAAGAAUAGGAGUGACUUGGACUCGACAUUGCUGGCAAACCCGAUCAUAGCAUCCAAAAGAACCCAGAACGGGGGGGUUGGGAAUUUGUUCAACGGAAAUAAGGAUGGGAGAUCUGAGUUGCCAUUGUAAUGAAUUGUUAAUUUUUUGUCAUUACAGAAACAAUGGACACCACAUUUGUGGAAUAACUGAUUUAUCUGGGUACAGGUUGUAUGAGGAGCAGACAUUGUAGAAAGAAAGUAUAGAUAUACUUAUACAUAAAAUAUAA